CUGCAUCCACAAGAUGGAAGUACGAAUACCAGGCCCACCAGAGACUUCGAAGAAUACCGAGACCAACAGAUUCUGCAAAUUGAAAGGCAGCAACAAAUUGAUCACUCCAUAGUGUUACGAUAGGGCUCGUCAUGGCGAGAAUAAAUGCACGAUGCCUCUUGCGAAGUUUUCAUUCACUCAGCGUCCAAUCGAAGCAAGGACCCCGGAGGUUGUCACCGAACGCCAUGCUCGUACCGGCGGCGCUGCCCGGACCUUUGGCUCUGGCCCACCGAGCUUUUGCGACGGAUUCCAACCCGCCGAGGAGGAGGCCUAGGCGAAAGAAAGCCAAGUACGAACAAUUCAGCGAUGCAAAGCUGGCAACGGGUGGCGGGGUGCCAACCACGUCGGCCCUGGAAGACCCGUUUCAAUUCUCUGGCGACUCGAUCGAGGAGUACAGGGAAAAGACGGAGCUGAGCCCGUGGGUACCCGUUCCGGACUCGGUGGCACGUAAGAUAUUCGACAGAGCGCUGCCCGAAGAAGAGGAGAGCAGCGAUACGAGCAAGGCAGACGAAGUAAGUGGAUUCGUCGGUGCGGUCGGGUUGUCGAUACAUUCCGUUUCGUUUGUGCACAUAAUGUAAGGGGGAGGGGACUUCUUUUUGUGUGGUUCGAUUCGCAUUCACCGAUCUGCUUUCUCGAUCAUUCCAUCAAUGUUUUGUUAGAUUCACGUUGAACUCGGGUGUGGCGACGGCCGGGUGAACUUCCACGCCAUCGAAUACGGUGUGAAAGAAUCGAUAGGAAUCGAUGUCGACGAGGAAGUUGUGAAGCGAGCCGACGACAGACUGAAUCGCAUACACCCGAAGCCAAAGCUUAGCUUCGUGGUGUCGGAUCUGAUGGACCCCGAGUCGCCGGCGUGGACCGAACACGUCCCGAGGGCGACGAUUCUCACCAUGUACUUUGCCACGGACGGGCUCGAAAAGAUACGGCCGCUCCUCGAGCAAGCCCUGCGGGGGAAGCGGUGCAAGGUGUUUGCCUGCGGCUAUGCGAUUCCGGGCUGGGAGUCGCAAAUCGUGGAGACGGUCCUCGACAUACCCAUCCACUUUUACGACUGGGGGAACGACGAGGUGAACAUGAUGACGAUACAGCCGUCGGAUUCCUUGGCGGACAAGUUGACCGCGAACGGCAUGGGAAUGCCGGGUGCCCCGUCGGACAACAUGGAUCAAUACAUGGGUCGAAAGAACAAAAAGUCAACGUUUGUACAGGAUCCACUCCCCGGAUAUCACCCGGACGAUCAAAUUGAUUACGGUUGGAUGGACGACUUCGAAGAGGAGAAAACAAAGAAGGAAAACGGUGAUCUAAAGGAGAAAUCGACGUAAAAAUCUAGAAAAAGAUUAAAUUAUGUACAUUAAC